CGAUAUAAAUAGCAGUCUCGCUACGUAUCAGACUGUCGUCCUGUAUAACAACGGUGCGACAUAUUUGAAAGUCUGUCCGAGUCCGAGCGAUGGCCCUACUAUCCCAGAGGGAGAAACAGCUGUACACCGCGUUCUUCCACCAGGUGGACACUGAUGGGAAUGGAUACAUCACCCUGGAUGAACUGGCAGCCUUGUGCAAAAGACUCAAGUUCGAUAUGACACGACAACAGAUUGUGGAUAUCUUCAUGUCCAUGGAUACCGACCAAAACCUAAUCAUCACAUUAAAUGAAUUUCUGGCUGCCAUGCCAAAUAUUGAACAGGAGAAACGCUCGCGUGGUGAGAUGAGGUGGGCUUUUGAUCAGAUAGACACGGAUGACAGUGGUCUGCUGGACGCUGACGAGCUGAGGGACGUGCUGACCAAAUGUGGACGUUCGUUCACGUUGUCGGAAGUGAAGCGUCUCAUUGCCCAUUUCGACGUUAACGGUGAUGGGAAGUUGGACUUUGAUGAAUUUGUGACUCUGUUUGCCUAGGACUACAUAUAACGACCUUACGCUACGACGACCGUACGUGCAAAGUUCGCUUUGUGGAAAGAAGACCAGGUGGCGAAGGUACUGACAAAAUACGUCGGUAAAAAACAUCGAUGGCAACGUAACACCAUAUGCGACAAUCAGCAGCUUUAAUACAAAGAAAGGAAAAGGAAGUCAUGAUCAGUAUAUUCUGAUCAAUAUAAUGACAAGGUAGUGCACAGAAUAACAACAUUUCAUUAAUGCAACAAAUCAUAAUUAUUGUUAUAUAUGUUAUAACGAUUUUACUGUAUUGAUAUGUGGAAAUGCUAUUUUUUACGUAAAUGUAUUCAAAGUACACAAAACGGAAGGUACAACUGCUCUUUCGGAAAAUACAAUACACCCAUGGGCAGUAUCCAAUCUAAUUUAAUUCAUGAUUGUAUUAAGUGUUGCCAUCGAAGCCAUUAUUUAUCCCAAGACGAAGCUUGCCAAAGAGUGCUUUGUUUAGCGUCUCUAGGGCUUGCUACCCAGAAGCUCAGAUGGGAAGUUAUAACGCUGCUGCCGUGUGCUGCCGUGUGCUGCCGUGUGCAGAAAGGCCAUGAACGUGACACCUAUUGGUCUUCCAGCCUUUGGGUAUCACUCAGGGACAUCCUUCAAGAGAUUUUACAAGUAUAUUGCGUCAGCCCGACUCGCCACUCUGUAGCAUAGUGUGUAUGUCAUUGCAUUUAGGUGCAUAUGAUUAAAACAAACCGUCGAAAUUUCGAAUUGAAAUCA